CCACUUUUGCCCAUUUGCGAGAAAAGUAACUUUUGAAAUGAAAAAAGAAAUGUUCCGGUGAGAAACAUCCAACAAUCAAGUUGUCUCCAACAAACUAUCUUUUUGUUUCAAAUCGCCAUUGUCGGAGCAUAAAGGGAAAAUGUAAUGAGCAACAACAAUGGAGCUCAGCUCACUACGAGACCAUUGCAAACAUAAGCUUUCUAUUUCUUGAACCUAAAUUCAGCUUCCCACUCCACUUCCUUCCUUCGACCAAGACCAUGAGAUUUCUUAUGUUGUCAAGUGAAGUGAAGUGAAGUUCAUUAGUUAACAAAACAUCCUGAGUUUGUUUUCUCAUUGAAUUCCCUGUUAUUAUGGACUAUCUCUUACCUCUCUGCAACCUAUGUCACGUUCAAACUCGUAGAUGCUUAUUUCUGGUGGGAGUAGUGGCUUUUACUUAUCUGAUUUUUCAGUUCCUUUUACUUCCUUAUGGGGAUGCUCUUCGCUCUCUACUACCUGAGGAUGCUAUUCACAGAUAUGAUCACUAUAGCAUUCAAUUUGGGCCUACUUCACCCAAAUUAACUACGGUUCGUAACCCUCUUACGGUUCUGGAUUUGGCUAAUGUUUCAACAACUCCCAUUGGGAACAUUGAGAAAGGAUUUCAACGAGAUAAUUUGCUGAAUGCCAAAGGAAAGUAUGUAAAAGGGGAGGAAAUCCCUAGAGAGGUUGAUAUUGGUUUUGAAUCUGGAAACAAUGUUGAUGCAAAUGGUAAUUCGGAAUCAGAUGGCACUAAGAAUCGUGCAAAUGAUUCUAUUCUUCACGUGGUUGGGAAAACAAGUUUUGGGUUUCCCUUGAAGCAGCAAGUUGUGAAACCAAGUGAUACUAAUACUAUCACUUCGGAGAAUGAGUUAGAAGACUUUGGUCAAAUGGAUUUGGAUUUUGGUGAGUUGGAAGAAUUUAAAAACUCGUCAUUACAAAAGCUUGAGGAUACGGAUAUGGCUUUCAAUUCUUCAACCUUCAUGCUACAAUUUUCAACUUCUACAGUUAACACAACUCAUCCACACCACUUGACAUCGAAUUUAAGAUCAUCAGCCUCAGAAACUAAUUCUACAAGCGUAGGUAAAAGGAAGAAGAUGAAGAGUGAAUUACCACCAAAGACCGUAACUACACUAGAAGAGAUGAACCGUAUUUUAUUCCGUCACUGCAGGUCAUCACGUGCUAUGAGACCAAGGAGAUCUUCUUUACGUGAUCAGGAAAUUUUUUCGGCCAAGUCCCUGAUCAUGCAAGCUUCUGCUAUAAAUGACCCAGAACUGUAUGCUCCUUUGUUUCGUAACGUUUCCAUGUUUAAAAGGAGUUAUGAACUCAUGGAGCACACACUCAAAAUCUAUGUCUAUAGGGAUGGAAAGAAGCCCAUCUUUCAUCAACCAAUUCUAAAGGGAUUAUAUGCCUCAGAAGGAUGGUUUAUGAAACUGAUGGAGGGAAACAAGCGUUUUGUUGUAAAGGAUCCUCGAAAGGCUCACCUGUUUUAUAUGCCAUUUAGUUCUCGGAUGUUGGAGUACACACUCUACGUGCGCAAUUCUCAUAAUAGGACAAAUUUACGUCAAUUUUUGAAAGAAUACUCAGAAAAUAUUGCAGCCAAAUAUCCAUAUUGGAAUAGAACCGGUGGAGCAGACCAUUUUCUUGUUGGAUGCCAUGAUUGGGCUCCUUAUGAAACAAGGCACCACAUGGAACACUGCAUAAAAGCACUCUGCAAUGCCGAUGUAACAGUUGGCUUCAAAAUUGGGAGAGACGUGUCUCUUCCAGAAACUUACGUACGAUCCGCGAGGAAUCCUCUUAGAGAUCUUGGAGGAAAACCUGCUUCACAGAGACACAUCCUUGCCUUUUAUGCUGGAAAUAUGCACGGUUAUGUACGUCCAAUCCUACUGAAGUACUGGAAAGACAAAAACCCCGACAUGAAGAUCUUUGGUCCAAUGCCUCCGGGUGUUGCAAGCAAAAUGAAUUACAUUCAACAUAUGAAGAGCAGCAAAUACUGCAUAUGUCCAAAGGGCUAUGAGGUCAAUAGUCCCCGGGUCGUGGAAGCGAUCUUUUAUGAGUGUGUACCUGUGAUCAUAUCCGACAAUUUUGUGCCACCAUUUUUUGAGGUAUUGGAUUGGGAAGCAUUCUCAGUGAUUGUUGCAGAAAAGGACAUUCCCAACUUACAGGACAUACUGCUUUCAAUACCAAAAGACAGAUAUCUCGAAAUGCAACUCCGGGUCAGGAAAGUACAAAAGCACUUCCUCUGGCAUGCCAAGCCCUUGAAAUAUGACCUAUUCCACAUGACCCUCCAUUCGAUUUGGUAUAACAGGGUUUUCCAGAUAAAACUCAGAUAAUAAUGUUGAAUGUUCCUCAUUGAAGAUAUGGAGGAAAUCCAUGUAAGUCUUGAAUCUAACUGCACAGAACAAAAUGUUUCACCUUCUCUGCUUUCUCUUUGGAAAGGUUUUCUUCCAACUUCCUGGGCAUCGUCAUGUCAAGCACCUUGUAAAUGGAUUGCAACUGUGGUAGUUCUCUUGUAUAUACAAUCCUUAAUCCUUGUUCCACUUGUGUAGUAGACUACGAUUUUUGUCAAUAUUGCAGUAGAAACUUUGCAA